AUGUCUCGCCCUGUUGCUAGUCGGUAUAUUGCUAAACUGGAAGAACUUCUGCUCGAAAUGAAAGACGACGUGAUAUAUUUUCCUCCGUCAGAUGCGAGCGAUGAAUGGAGUGAGUUGGCCGAUGGUUUUGCUGCACGUAAUGCUGAUUUUCCUGAUGUAGCUUGCAUUUUCGACGGGACUCUUGUACGCACUCAACGACCGAAAGACUUUCAGAGUGGCAAACCUUCCUACAAUUGUUUGGCUGCGAUCGACUACCGCUACAAAUUUCGCUACUUAGGUGUUUUUAGUGGCAGCAAUUCGGACCAGUCAAUGUGGAAUCAGUCCGCUGUUCUUGGUGCUCAUGCUCGAGAGCUGUGUCCUCCAGGUAUCAACUGGUUGGGUGAUGCAGGCUUUAAACCGUGGCCUUUUCUUAUGGUGCCAUUCGAUGAGCGGGGUGGCAAGAGGCUGACGGCAAAGCAGCGCUGCUACAAUUAUCAUCUCUCGCAAACGCGCAUUCUAGUCGAGUGUGUGUUUGGGAAACUAAAGCCCCGCUUCAAGACUCUGCAUGGAGUGACGGAUCGAAAGAAACACAACACCAACGCUCGCAUGAUUACUGCCGCUGCUGUUCUCCACAAUUUGCUGAUCGACAUUGGAGACAAGCAACAGGAUUCACGACGCGUGAUGCACGCGUUUAACGAGGGUUGGGAUCGAACGCAAGCUGAAAUUGAUUUAGCACUCGCAAAGAGAAAUGCAUACGCAGAUCGGUUUUACGAAAACGAUCACGAAUAA